AGUGUGACGUGAAGGCAGGGCAGUGCCAGCAAGGGAUGAGGUGUAGGAUGGCAGUGAAGGGACAUCUCUUAGCUCAAUGGCUUUGGCUUCUUCUCCUCUUCAUUCAGACCAGCCUGGGUGCCGAUGAGCUACGGCUGGAGAACGGAGGCAGCCCCUGUGCUGGGAGAGUGGAGAUUAAACACCAGGAUGAGUGGGGGACAGUGUGUAGUGUUGGGUGGAACAUGACAGAUGCUGAGGUUGUUUGUAGGCAGCUGGGAUGUGGAUCUGCUGUCAGUGCCCCUAUACUGGCUUAUUUUGGAGAAGGGUCUGGAAGCAUUUGGAUGGCUGGAACUGACUGUCAUGGCAAUGAGUCUGCUCUCUCAGAAUGCAGGCACAGGGAAGAAGUUGUGAAUUACUGCAUUCAUUAUUUCGAUUCCAGUGUCAUCUGUUCAGGUCAUUUUCAAGCCCGUCUGGCUGGAGGGCCUGAAACCUGUGCAGGACGUGUGCAGAUAAAACAGGGAGACACCUGGGAAAGCAUCUGUGAUUCCCACUUUGAUCUCAAGGCUGCCAGUGUCCUCUGCAACCAGCUACAGUGUGGAACAGCUGUAUCCACCCCAGGAGGAGCUCGCUUCGGAGAAGGACAAGGGCCCGUUUGGACAGAAGAGCUCCAGUGUCGGGGGAAUGAGUCUAGCCUUGUGUACUGCCCCAAAAUGCCAUAUGUAGAUCAAUCAUGUUCACAUGGAAAUGAUGUUGGUGUCAUAUGCUCAAGGUUCACAGGGUUCAGGCUGGUGAAUGGCAGCACACGGUGCUCGGGGAGAGUGGAGGUCCAGGUGCUCAGUGCCUGGGGCACCCUCUGCGACUCGCGCUGGGAUUUAUCCGAUGCCCACCUUCUCUGUCGUCAGCUCGACUGCGGAGUCGCUGUGUCCGCUCCACGAGGAGGGCAUUUUGGAAAGGGAACUGGCACUGUCUGGGAAGACACAUUUCACUGUAAUGGGACUGAACCCCACCUGUGGCACUGCCCUGUUACCAGGCUGGGGGCCUCUCAGUGCUCACAGGACAGGGAUGCUGGUGUGAUUUGCUCAGGUGACUCUGAAUCCCUCAGACUGCUGAAUGGAGAGAGCCGGUGCGAUGGGCGAGUCGAGAUUUCUCUCGGUGGUGCGUGGGGCGGAGUCCUGGAUGAUCAGUGGGACAUAAAUGAUGCCAAAGUGGUGUGCAGGCAGCUCCAGUGUGUAGAUGCAGAGAAAGCUUAUAACCCUGUGAAGACAGAACGAGGGACAGGCCUUGUUGGGCUGAGACAAGUCCAGUGUACAGGAAAUGAGCCUCGUCUGACACUCUGCAACACGAGCCUGUCUGAGACAGAGCCGGCAGGAAUCGCUGAGGAUGUUGGUGUUGUUUGUUCAGGAAGCAGGAUUCUCAGACUGGUAAAUGGGACAGGUCGCUGCACUGGGAGAGUGGAGAUUUACUACCAGGGCACCUGGGGGACUGUCUGUGAUGACUCCUGGGACCGAACAGACUCCAAUGUUGUGUGCAAUCAGCUGGGAUGUGGACAUGCCAUCGAGGCAGCUGCCUCCGCUCAUUAUAGAGAAGGCUCAAGACAGAUCUGGCUGGAUGAUGUGAACUGCUCUGGAAAUGAAUCUGAGCUGUGGGAGUGCCCUUCCAGGGGCUGGGGGCAGCAUGAUUGCAGACACAAGGAGGAUGUAGGAGUGCUCUGCUCAGAAUUCAUGGAUCUGAGGCUGGUGAACGGCGGUGACUGUGCUGGGCGAUUGGAGAUUUUCUACAAUGGAUCGUGGGGAAGCAUUUGCUCCAAUCAGAUGACUCCAGUCACUGUGACAAUUGUAUGCAAACAGCUGGGCUGUGGAGAUGAAGGCGACAUUGCUGAAGACUUUACAUAUGGACAAGGUUCUAGUUACACAUGGCUGGAUCACGUUCAGUGCCUUGAGCAUCACAACUCCCUCUGGCAGUGUCCGUCGAAGCCAUGGAACCCCCUGUCAUGUGCUAAUCAGGGAGAAGAGACCCAUAUUAAGUGUACUGGAAGCAAAGAGAAAACAACUCCGACACAGUUUGCCGAGUGUCCGAACUCCACAAGCUGCACAGAGAAGGAGAAGCUGCGUGUUGUCGGAGGAAAGGACGGAUGCUCGGGGAGAGUGGAGGUUUGGCACCGCGGCUCCUGGGGAACUGUGUGUGAUGACUCCUGGGACAUGGCGGAUGCUGCUGUUGUGUACAAACAACUGGGCUGUGGAGCUGCUGAAUCUGCUCUGAGUGAGGCAGCAUUUGGGAAGGGGACUGGCCCCAUCUGGCUGGACAAGCUGAACUGCAAGGGGACAGAGUCGUCUCUGUGGGACUGUUGUGCUGAGCCCUGGGGUAACAAUGAGUGUCACCAUAAGGAAGAUGCUUCUGUGAUCUGCACCAAUAAGAGCGAGACUACUGCAUCUCCAGAGAGAACAGAACCACCUCAGCGUCCAUCUCUGAUAGGUGGGAGAGACAUGGUGCCCAUUGUCAUCUGCAUUGUCCUGGGGGCCCUUCUCUGCCUGGUCCUGAUCGUGCUGGGAGGACAGGUGCGAAGCACCAGGGCACUGCGCAGAGCGUCUGGAAGAUACUCAGGCCCCUUAACUGAUGCUGUGUAUGAAGAGAUUGAUUAUAACCUGAUGAGGGAGAAGCUCGAGAUGUUUGGUCGCUCAGUCUCCUACUCAGAGGACUCUGUGAAGAAGCUGCAGUAUUACACUGGGGACAGCGAGAAUGGAAAUGAUCCUGGAUCACUGCAAGAUGAAACUUCCCCUGGGGAUUUCCAGCAGGAUUACAACAGCGUGGAGGAGCCUGAAUGGAGUGACAUCCCUGUGCCUCCAGACGGUAAAGAGGCCCUUCCCCUGGCAGGAGAUGUCACUGAAGAUGGUUAUGAUGAAGCUGGAGAAGUUCCUGAUCUUCCACAUUUUCCUGUUUCUGGACUCACUGGUGUCCCAGCAGAAAGAGAGAACUUACAGACCUACAGGGACUCACAGACAGAACGGAGCAUGACCUGGCUUAAAAGUGAAGGAAUCUUUGAGCCUGUGCAAGAUGACCCAGCCCUUCUUCCUGGAGACACAGGUUAUGAUGAUGUUGAAGACGGCAUCUCUGUGUCAUCACCCUAAGAAUGGAUUUGUGUUUAGAUAAUAUCCCGUGGGAGUGUAAAUGCAAUAUGAUCAGCAGCCUUCUGUGCAAAAUACACACUAGGCCAUUGUAGCCAAAUGGGCAAGCCCACCUGGAACUAUUGUGACUAACUUUUUGAACAGGGAUUUUAGUACUGGCCAAGAUCUCUAAAUGUGACCAAGGAAGGUGCUGUAACGUGCCUUUUCAUUUUGUACUUCUCAGGCUCUCCCGGCACUUUCUGGGUU